CGAAGGGAGCGCGCAGACUCCUCCUCAUCUCCGGUGUCAAACUUGACAUCAGCCUCUGAGCCGAGAAUGGUAACUUGUGUCGGAUUCGAAGCCCUCACAUCACUGGCAUGCUUCAUGGAGUUAUGUACCUCGUUUUGCCCUCUGAACUGCCAUCAUGGAUUGCAAACCCUUAGUACUUUUUUUGUUUCUCUGCUUGUUUAUUAGCCGCGCAGAACUCAGCAUUCACCCUUCCAAUGAAGUGAACCUACUGGACUCUAAAGCAAGUCAAGGGGAACUGGGAUGGAUUUCCUACCCAUCGCAUGGAUGGGAAGAGAUCAGUGGUGUGGAUGAGCACUAUACACCAAUACGCACUUUCCAAGUAUGCAACGUCAUGGAGUACAGCCAAAACAACUGGUUGAGGACCAAUUGGAUCCCACGCAACUCUGCCCAAAAAAUCUAUGUGGAGCUCAAGUUCACCCUCAGAGAUUGCAACAGCAUCCCAAUGGUCCUUGGGACCUGCAAAGAAACCUUCAACCUCCAUUAUCUGGAGACGGAUGAGGAUCAAGGAUCCAAAUUCAGGGAACACCAGUUUUCCAAGAUUGACACUAUUGCAGCUGACGAGAGCUUCACACAGAUGGACUUAGGGGAUCGCAUCCUCAAACUCAACACUGAGGUGCGCGAAGUGGGGCCGGUCACCAAGAAAGGCUUUUAUUUGGCCUUUCAGGAUGUGGGGGCUUGUGUUGCACUUGUUUCGGUGCGUGUGUACUUUAAAAAAUGCCCUUUCACAGUGCGAAAUCUCGCUAUGUUCCCUGACACCGUGCCCAUGGACUCCCAGUCAUUAGUGGAGGUAAGGGGCUCGUGUGUGAACAACUCGCGAGAGGAGGACCCACCCAAAAUGUACUGCAGCACAGAGGGGGAGUGGUUGGUGCCCAUUGGGAAAUGUCUGUGUAACACUGGCUUCGAAGAUCGUGGGGCAGCCUGCCAAGUCUGCAGGCCUGGUUUCUACAAGGCUUCUCCAGGCAACGUGAAGUGCUCCAAGUGUCCCCCACAUAGCUUCACCCAUCAGGAGGGCUCAGUGCACUGCUCCUGCGAGAAGAACUACUUCCGUGCUGAGGGUGACCCUGCCUCCAUGGCCUGCACACGGCCUCCCUCCGCCCCACGCAAUGUCAUCUCAGUGAUCAAUGAGACGUCGGUGAUCCUGGACUGGAGCUGGCCAGAGGACACGGGCGGCCGAAAGGAUUUGUCCUUCAACGUGGUGUGUAAGCGCUGCUGGCCGGGGCCGCGGCUUUGUGAGCCGUGUCGAGGGAUGGUACGCUUCCUGCCCCGUGCCAUGGGCCUCCACAACACCACGGUCACCGUGGCCGACCUGCUGGCCCACACCAACUACACCUUUGAGAUCGAGGCGUUGAAUGGAGUGUCUGCGCUGGUGUCCACCCAUCGGCAGUAUGCUGCUGUCACCAUAACAACCAACCAAGCAGCACCUUCCCCAGUCACAGUCAUCAGAAAGGACAGGACUUCCCGGAACAGCAUCGCACUCUCCUGGCUGGAGCCGGAGAGACCCAAUGGCAUCAUCCUGGAUUAUGAGGUCAAGUACUAUGAGAAGCAGGAGCAAGAGACCAGCUACACCAUCCUGAGGUCUAAGGGCACCAACGUGACCCUGAACGGGUUAAAACCGGACACCACGUACCUGCUUCAGAUCCGCGCCCGCACUGCAGCUGGCUAUGGGAGCAGCAGCCGCAAGUUUGAGUUUGAGACUAGCCCUGACUCGUUCUCUAUCUCCAGUGAGAACAGCCAGGUUGUGCUGAUAGCCAUCUCCUCUGCUGUUGCCAUCAUCUUGCUGUCUGUGGUGCUCUACAUUGUGAUUGGCAGGUUUUGUGGUUACAGCAAAUCCAAACAUCCAGACGAAAAGAGGCUUCAGUUUGGCAAUGGGCACUUGAGGCUCCCGGGAAUCAGGACAUAUGUGGAUCCCCACACAUACGAGGACCCCUGUCAGGCAGUACAUGAGUUUGCCAAAGAGUUGGAUGCGUCCUGUAUAGCUAUUGACAAAGUUGUUGGUGCAGGAGAAUUUGGGGAGGUUUGCAGUGGGCGCCUCAAACUGCCCUCAAAAAAAGAGAUCUGUGUGGCCAUUAAGACUCUGAAGGCAGGCUACACGGAAAAGCAGAGGCGGGAUUUCCUGAGUGAGGCGAGCAUCAUGGGACAGUUUGACCACCCCAACAUCAUCAGGCUGGAAGGCGUGGUCACACGAAGUAAGCCGGUGAUGAUUGUGACGGAGUACAUGGAGAAUGGUUCCUUGGACAGCUUCCUGCGAAAACACGACGCACAGUUCACCGUCAUCCAGCUGGUGGGGAUGCUGCGUGGCAUCGCCUCGGGCAUGAAAUACCUCUCAGACAUGGGCUACGUCCACAGAGAUCUGGCCGCCCGCAACAUCUUGGUCAACAGCAACCUGGUGUGUAAAGUGUCUGACUUCGGCCUGUCCAGGGUGCUGGAGGACGACCCCGAGGCUGCCUACACAACACGGGGCGGCAAGAUCCCAAUCAGGUGGACAGCACCAGAGGCCAUCGCUUACCGCAAAUUCACCUCAGCCAGCGAUGUGUGGAGCUACGGCAUCGUGCUGUGGGAAGUCAUGUCGUAUGGAGAGAGGCCGUACUGGGAGAUGUCCAAUCAGGAUGUAAUCAAAGCGGUGGACGAGGGCUACAGACUGCCCCCGCCUAUGGACUGUCCUGCUGCACUCUACCAGCUGAUGCUGGAUUGCUGGCAGAAGGAUCGCAACAACCGGCCAAAGUUUGAGCAGAUCGUCAGCAUCCUGGACAAGCUCAUUCGCAAUCCCAGCAGUCUGAAGAUCACAGCCAACACCGCCUCCAGACCUGCAAACCUUCUCUUGGAUCGGAACAACACAGACAUCACGUUUCGGACCAUGGGUGACUGGCUGGAGACUGUUCAGACUCUCCCCUGCAAGGAGGCCUUUUCGGGGGUCAGCUACAGCUCGUGCGACACCUUAGCCAAGACCUCCACAGAAAUCUGUAUGGCAGAAGUCAGGCCGGCAGCUACUUGUCCUGAGUGGGAGCCCUCCAUGGGAAUCACAACACUUUAACCCUAAAGACUGGAUGGGAUUUCAAGAAAGUUGGUGUGACGAUUGUUGGACCGAAGAUUGUGAGCAGUAUCCAAGCACUUGAAGCACACACAAAGAAUGGCCCGGUUCCCGUGUAAACUGCAGGACAUUAUAACUGCUUUUGGCUUUAAGAGACAAGAAUUCUGCAUUGAAACAAAACAAUGACAAACAAUAGCAUAUAACAGGAGGAAGUAGGUACAAGACGAUUAGGGUAUCUGCAGUUCAGGGCUCACUCCCUGGAAGGAGAGAGAGAGAUCUGAGGGACAAGUGGUGCUCAGUGAGAGCCUGAACACCUCGAGAUCCCCACCAAUGAUGUAUUGCCUUAUUGCUGAGGCCCAAGAGAGGGUGCGAGAGCUGUAUGUGGCAGCUGCAAGUGAGCUGUAACUGAGCUUGUGCUUUGGGCGAUGGCUUCCUGGUCCGCACCUCUGCCACCAUACGCCUGCGACAUGUUGGAGUCUGACAGCAGAAGCCCUGCUUGUAGAACAGGAUGGAGCUGAUGGAGCCAUUGACCUGUCAAGCUGUCUUCUCUGAGUAGGUACGGAUAAAUAAAAAAAAAACAAGACUCAACAUAAGAGUUGUUUAAAUGCCUUUAGUAAUCAAAAAUGCACCAAUUCAACAAACCUCCUGAUGGAAUUAUUGAUCGGGUUUGCAGAGAAACCUGAGGGUUUUUGUCAGCUGUUUCUUCGCUUCUUCUUCCCCUUCUAGAAAGGACUGCGUGUCCGUGUCCAGUCUCCUCACUUUACCACUGAGUGUGACCUUUUGACUUUGUGAGGGUCUGGUUUGGGGAAGACCAAGAUAAUUCUCUUGUUAGCUGGAAAGAGGCCCUUCAGGCCUUGUAAAAUGCUAACUAGGCAUAUGCCAAGCAAUAUUUAUCCACUAAGGCUGUCAAGCUGAGUACAUGGGAUUGUCAAAUAAGGCAAUAUGCAUUUCAGAGCAUUGUUUUGCUUUUUUGUAAAAGGUCUAGCACUAAAAUUAUUUUGCUUGAAAGUUGCUGUCACAAGGGUUGAAAAGGCUUGACAUGAGAGGGAGGGGUGUUAAUGAUCUUCAGAGCAGUCUUCCAAUGACUGAACCCAACAUAGUGAAUCUGGCUAGUGUGACGUCUCUGGCUGAAUCUCAGUCAUGUCAUAGUUAUCUUUGCUUUGAGGAAAAAAAAAAAAAGAAACUUGAAAAUGUGUCCAUUUAGAAAGUCUUAUCCACUGACGUAAAAUUAAUUUUAUGAAUUAAUGAGUAGAUACAUAGUAUCAUAUUCUAUUACACUACACUACAUGCAUAUAGCCAGAUGACAUAAUAAGACGUUUACAAAUGAUAAGUUAAUUUUCCAUCGUAGGCAAGGAGUGAAUUUACUGAGAGAGCUUUGUAUUUCUUGCUGACAGUGUCACUUUAAAUGGAAGCAUUAGUUUUUAUUGAUAAUGUGAAUAACUAAGUAGAGGACAUAACCCUCUCAUACUUUCCUAUGAAUAUGUCUUGAUCAGGGCUUCUACAGAGAUCAACAAACAGCACAGUGGACUGGGUGGUUUGUGCAGGAUCUCAGGAUGCAUGUUCCUCAUUAAUCUGAGAAAGCUAAACAAAGAAAAGAAUGAGGAGGCAGGGUAGAGAGUGAAAAAGAAAGAGGAUGCAGAGAUAAAAUGCACCAACCAACUAUUACAGAAUGUAGUGUCCUGUCCAGCUUGGUCUAGUUUGCAUUGCAGGAUCCAGCAUUUGAAUCAGAGGGUAACAUGUAGCCUUGAGUCUUCUAUUAGCAUAUCUGCAAGUCACAUUUUAUGUGCAUCAGAAAAACAUGAAGUAUUUGAGUGGGAUAGAAUGGCAGCCUUGAAAGCAGUGCAAUCCUACCGCAUCUUUCCAGUUUUCCACUUUAGGUGAACAUCUCCAGUCUUCCUCUGUCCCUUUCAACCUGCCUGUAAAUGUUGCUGCUCUCCCUACUGUUAGCAUGUAUAUAUGUAAACAAGACCUUGUACUAAUAGCAACAGUGAACCUAGGGGUACAGUCCUUUUCCUGGCCAUCCCAUUGUACAAAUGUUUGUAUGUAUAAAAGAUCAAUGAAAUAUGUGUGCAACAUUUAAAUAAAAUCAUUUGUGUGAUGUUAUUUUAUAUUUGUUUUUUACAGUUUAAAAAAACAACUAUAAUUACCUAUUUAUUUGUUAACAUACACUCUACAGUGCAAAUUUUUUGGAAUGUUUUGUUUGUUGCAUACAGUAAGUUAUGACAUGGUUAUGUGACGAUGAUAUUAAUGUUUUGUAUUUACUUUAUAGACAUGGUGUUUAAAAGAGCAAUACUGUUUUCCUCCCCACCUGUCCUUUCCUCUUCCAUUAGAUCCGUGUGUGCUUGGGUGUGUGGGGAGUGCAAAUGUAGAUGGCCUUGUCUACUAAUGUAAAGUGAUUUGUAGUGGAAACAUUUAUAUUUUUAUAAUAAACAUUCUCAAAAUAUUUUCUAAAGAAAGAAUUCUGA